UUAUACUACAUUGUUUUCCCCAAAAACAGCUCCUACCUUCUUUCCGCGUAGUCUCUCUCACUUGCAAGCAACUAUUAUAAAUAUCAUUCUCGUACAAAAAAUUCAGAAAGCUCAUUCUUUUGCCUUUUUUAGUAUUUGAUUUUGGUCGCUUUCAAAAAUAUCUCUGCCAUUUCAAGAAAAUGCAAGUAAUACCCAGAUGGCGUAACGUUUUGAUCCUGAAGAAUGCACUUAUUCAUUCCACAAAAGCUGUAACUUCUACGCAAUCAACAAAUACCCAUUUGGCUUCUUUCCAUUCUACAUCAAUUUGCUCCGAGAAAUGGAAAAAUAAGUGGAAUUCUGAGUUUAGUGGAAGUCAGCAGCCAACUAAGAAUUAUAUUAGAUAUGCAACACGUCAAAAGCGUGCUGACUCAAAAAAAGCUUUGAAAAAUCUUCUCUUUUAUGGGGCAUCUGAAAGCUCUUUUGAGAAUGAAUCUUCAGCAAUAAAUGAUAAAUGGGAUGUGGAUCGGGAUGAUCGUUCAGAGAAGAAAAGUCAAUUUAAGUCCGCUGCUCGUCGUAGAGAUCGCAUAAGGAGAAGGAUGCGAAAAAUGAAGAAAUGGAGUUUAGAUGAAGACUUUGAUGAAUAUCCUGAGACAGUAUUUCAAGCAACUUUUGGUAAUAAGUGGUACACUUGGUCUUUUAAGCCUGGUAAAUCAUCUGCUUUUGAAGACCUAUUUUCCCGAAGACAAGAAACAGACUGGUCAGAAAGAAGGCAUUGCAGAUGGGAUAAUGAAACUGAACAUGAGACUGAGCGGGAAUCCAAUUAUGGAUCCUCAAAUGUAGGUUCUUACUCUGAAAGAACAAUUCUUGGUUUGCCCCCAAAAGGUCCUCUGAAGAUUGAGGAUGUCAAGAAUGCUUUCCGUUUAUCAGCUUUGAAAUGGCAUCCUGAUAAACAUCAAGGACCUUCACAGGCAGCAGCAGAAGAGAAAUUCAAAUCUUGUGUUACUGCAUACAAAUCAUUGUGCACCGCGCUCUCCCCAGCUUAACCUUUUUAUUUGAUACAUCUAUGGCUUCUGUUUUUCGAGCAUCAGAAGCAAAGUCACCAUUCAUUUUUAAUAGCAGCUCAGUCUUAUGUAUUCUCAUUUAGUUCUGUAUGAUAAACUUAUUUACUCUGGCAAUAAAGGCUGUCUUUCCCAGCAGAGCCAUGAAUAUUUACUUACAUAUGAGGUUUUAGCUCCUUAAAUAUUAA